AUGGACAAUAUAUAUAAGUUUAAGGCAAGUAGUUCAGUGGGGCAUUUAAAAAGUCUGAAUAAUGAUAAACAAUUCUAUUCAGAAGAGGAAAGUAGUAAGAAAGAGGAAGAGGAAAAGCAAUUGAAGAAGUAAAGCAAGCCUCCUAGUAAGAUGUCUUAAUUCAGUAAAAAUGCUACUGGAUAUUAAACCGAUGAUUCUGACAAAGAGACACCGAAAAAUAAUAAGGUAGGACCCUCAAGUAAGGAUAUAUUGGAUUAUUUUAGGUUAGAAAGUAUCAAAAUUUAGAAAUUUGGUAAAUGCUAAAAAAAUUGAGGGUGACAAUGAUGAUCCGAAUUUCGAUGAUGAUGAUGACAAGCCAACAACCAUUUAAUAAUAGAUUCAGCAUGUUUAAUAGCAAAGUGAAGAUUAAUAUGAUGUGGAACAGUAGGCGAGUAAAAUGCAACAAAAAUACGCUAAGAAUGAGGUUGGGAAGUCUACAAAAAUGAAGUAAGAAAGAUGAUAAUAAUUAGACACUCAAAUACUUAAUAGAGUGUUGAUGCUAUUUCUGAUGUGGAGCAAAUGAAGAGUAAAUAGCAUUAAGAAGGGAAGUUGAAGAACCAUCCUUUUCGACACCUUAUCUAUGGUCCAAGUAUAGGAGAGAAUUCUUUUAAUAAAUUUUUAUAAUUAACUCAAAGAGGCUUGGUUUAUGCAAAGAAAUGCUUAAAAGGACCUUCCGAGAAAUUCAUAAAAUCAAAAAUGGUUUAAUUACAGGAAUGUGCAAUUGUAAAGGCAAAGACUUUAUUGUUGGAUUUGGAUGAGACUUUAAUUCACAGCUGUUCUUUGAGGGAGAAUCCAUAAGUGACAGUAACAGCUUUUGGAGAUUACGGAGAAGAAGCAAAGGUAUUGGUGUAAUAUAUUUUAGAUUCAUUUCAACAUUAGACCAUUUUGCACAUGGUUUUUACAAUAAAUGAAUUAAUUGUAUACAAUUUAUGUAUAUACAGCUUCAUCAUCUGCUUAUGCAAAUGCAAUUGUAAAUUAUUUAGAUCCAAAAAGACAAUGGAUUAUGGGAAUUUUGUCAAGAGGAAAUUGCAUGGAAACAAAGAAUGGAUUUUUUAUUAAAGACCUUAGAAUUAUUGGGAAUAAACAAUUAAAGGAUAUGGUGAUUGUGGAUAAUCUAGCUCACUCGUUUGGAUUCUAAAUAGAGAAUGGAAUCCCAAUCUUGGAAUGGCAUAAUGACUAAAAUGAUCAAGAACUUAAAUAUAUGGCAACCUACUUGAUGGAAGCUGCUGAACAAGAGGACAUUAGAUAAUUUAAUACACAAAGGUUGAAGCUAGAUCAACUUAUCGAAUAUAAUUUAGAUUGA